AUGGUUAACUCUUGUUGUCAAGUAUGCUUAAAAAUAGUUUCGCUUAAUUUAAAUGGCGUGUUUAGGAAACAUGGUUCACCCGCGUGCCACAAUUCUGGAAAAUUUCCCCUCUCUUACGGCCCAGAUCCUUUAAUUAACGCUCCUCACUCGUAUGACCCCAUUCCACCAUGUUCCUCAAGCUCUGUUGAUUUAUUCCUUAAUUCGCAUAAGCCCCCUGUUCUUUCUAGGAUCCCUAUAGCCGCCCGAGAGUCUAUCUCUAGGUUCCUCAUGUCACUUAUAAAUAAUUUGAAUUCGGAUUUCUCCUCACUACCAUUAUGGUUAGACCUGGUUAGUUUUUGUUUUCGAGUCCUAGUUAAACCCAAAAAUAAAAUAAAUAACUUAUCUGCCUUAAUUAAGGAAAAAGUUUCCAAUUUUGGAAAUACAAUUAUCGAUGAAUUUUCUCCUUCGUACGCUUUAAACCCCAACUCCUUCCGUCACAAAUUGAUCUCUGAAAAAUUAGAUCUUGGAGAUAUUAGCGGUGCGGCCCGAAUAUUGUCUUCCGAUGACUCUAUUUCACCUAUCAACGUUACCAUAUUUAAACAACUACUUGAAAAACAUCCACGAGCGUCCCCUUUUAACAUCCACCCGCAUGCCUCCUCCCCUAUUCCCUUUACCUGUGACGAAGUACUUAAGUGCUUAAAGUCCUUUAAAAAAGGGACGACAGGGGGGUUGGACGGCUUCAGACCUGGUUUCUUUGUGGAGUUAAUUCAAUGCCCUGAUAGUGGCUUCAUUGACCCUUUGUUGAAAGCAUUAACCGAACUGUGCAAUAAUAUCCUCGUACGCGAAGUUCCCCUUUGCAUUCGUCCUAUUAUUUUUGGCGCCCGUCUUGUCUCCCUGACCAAACCGGAUGGCGGCGUUAGACCCAUAGCCAUAGGGUCAUUCUUUCGUCGCUUAGUCGCCAAGGCUAUCGUAAAUAGGAUUCGGCCUAAGGCUAGUUCCUUCUUAUUUCCUUCACAGUUAGGAUUUGGAGUGAGAGGUGGGUGUGAAGUGGCCUCACAUGUUGCGCGUAUUUUUAUAAAUUCUGAGGCCGAUAAGGUUUUCUGCAAGUUAGACUUCAGAAAUGCCUUCAACACCAUCCAUAGGAGGGCAUUCUUACCAUCUUUUUUACACCAUUUCCCAAAAUAUGGGAAUUUCCUUAAUUCCUGUUAUGGAUUCCCUUCGUUACUCAAAUUCGGGGAAUUUUCCAUAUCCUCCGAAGAGGGGAUACAGCAAGGUGAUCCUCUAGGCCCUCUGCUCUUUACUAUAGGGAUUCAUGAUUUGAUCAAAAAUUUAAAGACUAAUUUCCAAUUAGACCUUAAUUUAUGGUAUCUCGACGAUGGCUCUUUUGGCGGUUCUUUAUCCAAUGUUAUGUCGGCCAUAGAGUACGUUGAAAUGGAAGCUUCGAAAAUUGGUCUUUCCCUAAAUAGGAAAAAGUGUGAAAUUUCCUCCCUCAACAAUAAGGAUUUUAUUCCUCCCUUAGAUUUUACAAUCAUUCCGCACGAGGAACUCUGUCUUUUGGGUUCCCCUAUUGGUUUUUCAACCUCCUUUUGUCAAAAAACUUUUGACGAUUUGAUCCAUUCCCUUUCCAAUUCACUCAAGAAUCUUCCUCAUCUCCCCAAGCAUCAGUUCUUCUUUCUCACCAAAAAAUGUCUUUUUCUACCUAAAUUCUUACAUUUAUUUAAAUCUUCCCCCGUUUUCCAGUACAAUACUCUCCUUAAGGUCUUCGAAUUAAAAUUUAAACAUUUUAUCGAAUCCCUUUUAGGCUUAAAUUUUUCCGAUUUCAAUUGGUCCCUCGCCUCUAUGCCCGCUUACCAGGGUGGACUGGGAUUGUUACCCCCCUUCCUUAUGGCAAUUGCGUGUUUUCUUUCAUCUCGAAUAUCCUUCGCCGAUUCCAUUUCCUCGCUUAUCGAGUUGGACGAUCCCCUUCUAUCUUCAGCUAAACAAGAGUGGCUUACUCUUAUCACCCAAGGCUCCGAGCAGCCAAUUUCCUGCCAUCUAAAGAGCUUCCUGGUCCCUAUGCUCCAAUGCUCGUUUGAAAAACUUUGUAUGUAUCCUGAGCUAACUAACCUUCAACUGCUCAGAAACGCAAAAAAAAACUCUAACGGCCAUGAAUGGCUAGACGCGAUUCCGAGUGGUAAAAAGGAAACGUUACUCACAGACGAUGAGUUUCAAACUGCCAUUGGCCAUAGGCUUGGUUGCCUUAUCCCUUCUGUGGACACCUGUGCCGCCUGUCACAAACAGGUUGAUCCUUUCUCUAGACAUUGUUUCUCGUGCCUCAAAGUCAGUGGCCGUUUCCUGAGGCACGACAACCUUAAUAGGUUAAUCGGCAAAGCCUUGAUUUCGGCCGGUUUCCCCAAUAGCUUGGAGCCAUUGGGUCUCCUAAAUGCUGACGGUAAGCGCCCUGACGGCAUGUCUUUAACGUCUUGGCACGGCGGCAAAAGACUUGUCUGGGACGUCUCUUGUGUUACCUCCUUUCCGGCUAACGGAAAUACCGACUCCUUGGAACUACAAGAAACCAAUAAGUUUAAUAAAUAUAGAUUCCUCCCUAACUCUUUUUUAUUUAUUCCCCUUAUUUUUAGCGUCCUUGGAAACCCCGGUCCCCAAUCCCUAAAGUUCUUAAAUCAAUUGGGUAGAAGAAUUUCGUUAAGGACAGGGGUCAAAAACGAGUCCCUAUCUCUUAAACAAAAAGUCCAAUUUGAAAUCCUAAAGGGGAACUACAAAUGUUUCUUCGAAACACUCCCAUUUCCCUCCUAG